AGGCGGAGCGGAGCGCGAGGCAGCGGGAGUGGAGCGGGGCUGCACUUGCUCCGCCUCCGGUCAGCGAAGCCUCGACGGCCGAGGGCUCCGAGGGCUCCCGGGAUGGCGCCCCGCGAGGCGCACUGAGCUGAGCCGGGGUCGCGGCGCCGCGGGCGGCACCAUGGCCCUGGAGCAAGCGCUGCAGGCAGCGCGGCAGGGCGAGCUGGAAGUGCUGAAGUCCCUGUACACCUCCGGCCUGCUGGAGGCCUCGCUGCGCGACUCGGUGGACGCGCUGCCCGUGCAUCACGCGGCCCGCGCCGGCAAGCUGCACUGUCUACGUUUCCUGGUGGAGGACGUGGGGAUGCCCGCCGCGUCCCGCGCGCGCAACGGCGCCACGCCGGCCCACGACGCCGCUGCCACCGGCCACCUCCUCUGCCUGCAGUGGCUGCUGUCAGAGGGCGACUGCAGAGUGCAGGACAAAGACAAUUCCGGUGCCACAGUCCUGCACCUGGCUGCUCGCUUCGGCCACGCCGAGGUGGUGAACUGGCUGUUGCAUCAUGCCGACGCGGAUCCCUCGGCAACCACAGACACAGGUGCCCUGCCCGUCCACUACGCCGCCGCCAAAGGAGACUUUCCCUCCCUGAGGCUGCUCCUCGGAGACUACCCAAGGGGAGUGAACGCCCAAACUAAUAACGGUGCCACGCCCCUGUACCUGGCGUGCCAAGAGGGCCACCUGGAUGUGACGCAGUACCUGGUGCAGGAGUGCGGCGCGGACCCGCACGCGCGCGCCCACGACGGCAUGACCCCGCUGCACGCUGCGGCGCAGAUGGGCCACAGCCCGGUCUUAGUGUGGCUGGUGAGCAGCACGGACGUGAGCCUGUCGGAUCGGGACAAAGACGGCGCCACGGCCAUGCACUUCGCGGCGAGCCGCGGCCACGCCAAAGUGCUCAGCUGGCUUCUGCUGCACGGCGCCGAGAUCACAGCUGACCUGUGGGGCGGGACCCCGCUGCACGACGCCGCGGAGAACGGCGAGCUGGAGUGCUGCCAGAUCCUGGUAGUGAACGGUGCGGAGCUGGACGUCCGUGACCGUGACGGGUAUACGGCCGCCGACCUGUCGGACUUCAACGGCCACAGCCAGUGCACCCGGUACCUGCGCACCGUGGAGAACCUGAGCGUGGAGCACCGCGUGCUGUCCCGGGAUCCGUCCACCGAGCUGGAGGCCAAGCAGCCUGACUCGGGCAUGUCCUCGCCCAACACCACCAUGUCUGUCCAGCGGCCGAACUUUGACCUCAGUUCGCCCACCAGCACCCUCUCCAACUAUGACUCCUGCUCUUCCAGCCACUCCAGCCUCAAAGGCCAGCACCCUCUGGGUGGGCUUCCAGGUGCAAAGGCUACUGACAUACAGAGCUACAUGGACAUGCUGAACCCGGAGCUGGGCCUGCCUCUGAGCAAGACAGGGAAACCUACACACCCACCGCCGGCCCCCAGCUUCCCUCCACCACCCCCACCCCCAGGCGGUCAGCUGCCCCCACCCCCACCAGGCUACCCGGCUCCCAAGCCCCCCUCGGGGCUGCAAGCAGCUGACAUCUACAUGCAGACCAAGAGCAAGCUCCGCCAUGUGGGGACCGAGACCCUCAGGAAGGAGCCCGCCUCGCACGACGGCCACCACGGGCUGCACAGGCAGGACUCCGGCCGUAAGCCCCGCGUCUUCAGCAAGCAGCCCAGCACGGGGGACUACUACCGCCAGCUGGGCCGCCGCCCCGCCGAGCCGCCGGCCGCGCGCCCGGGCAAAUUGAGAGUCCUGAGGCACAGGAAGAGCACCAAAUCUUUCAACAUGAUGUCCCCGACGGGUGACAACUCGGAGCUACUGGCCGAGAUCAAGGCGGGCAAGAGCCUGAAGCCAACACCACAGAGCAAGGGGCUGACCACAGUGUUCUCGGGCAGCGGGCAGCCGGCCUCCCAGCCCGACUCACCGCUGCCACCAGUGUCGCCCGUGCCAUCUCGGGCCCGGAGCCCCACCCCACCGGCUGCAGCCCCUCAGCCCCUGCUCAAUGGCACCGUGGUGCCAGCACCUCCCGCCACCCCUGCACCAGGCGUGCAGCUGGACGUGGAGGCACUCAUCCCCACGCACGACGAGCAUGGCCGGCCCAUCCCCGAGUGGAAGCGGCAGGUGAUGGUGCGCAAGCUGCAGCUGAAGAUGCAGGAGGAGGAGGAGCAGAGGCGGAAGCUGACGUCUUCCAGCUCGUGCUGCUACCCCCCGGAGGGCUGGAGGUAUGUUCGGGAGCGCGACGCCAUCCUCGGGCCCUUCGGCGAGCUCAUGACCGAGGCCGACAUCCUCCGCAUCGAGCAGCAAAUAGAGAACCUGCAGGUGCUGCACAAGGCGCAGAAGCUGGAGGCGCGCCUGGAGCAGCUGGAGCUGGAGCUGGAGCAGCUGCUGCCCGUCUCAGCAGCACUCUCGGCGCCGCGGUUCACUGUCGACCCGCGUCGCAUGCAGGGCCGUGCCACCAGCCUGCCCGCCUGGUGCAGUAAGAUCUCCACGCUGCUCAAGAGCAUGGCCUCGCUGCUGGCGGCCCUGGGCGGCCGGCCCGCACACCUCGCCGAGCUGCUGUCCGCCGACACGGGCCAGCCGCUGGCGCCCCUCCCCGACGCGCCCUCCAGGCCCGGGCCCCUCUGCCUGGGCCGCUCGCACUCGCUUAGCUGGUGCCGCGAGGCUGUGGCCCGUGAGAUCCUCGAGUGCGGCGUAUCCGUGCGGCACCUCCGCGCCACCUAUGAGCUACGCGCCCAGGGCGCAGCGCCCGCGCGCACAUCUCGCCACAAGCCCCAGUCGCUGGCCAGCGGCACAGACCGCGAGCCCGUCCUUGAAGAGGACUACGUGGUGGCCAGCUCCAGCGAGCCCAGUGCCGCCGUCUCCAACGGCUUGCUGGCCACCGAGGAGCCCCUGGGGACCCUGGACGCGCCCGAAGAGGCGCAAGACAACCAGGAGACUUUGCCUGAGUCUGACCAGCUGGUGUGCAGGCCGCCGCUGUCCACUGAGCUGCCCGGCGUGCAGGACUACAUCGACAUGCGCAAGGAGCGCAUCGUCUACCUCUUUCUGGAGCACUGGCGCAAGUGGACCUUCCGGGGCCCUGGGCGCCACGCCCAGGCGCGCUUGCGCAGAUUGCUGCCCCGAGUGGUGGCCGCUGGCGCGGACCCCAGCCCUGAGGCUGGUGACUUUGCUCCCCAGCAGCCAGCGGAUGACACUGAGGCCUGCAAGCCCGACCAGCAGCUGCUGCACCUGCUGAAGCAGCGGCAGGUGGUGGGCAAGCUGCUGGGCCACUGGCGGAGCCUGCUUCGGCAGGUGCCUGCGCGCCAAUCCAGGGGUGUGCGCCUGGCGCACGGCCUGUACUGGCCCGAGCACUUCCUGCCGCCCCUGGACGGCGGCACGCCCCGGCGCUACGACAGCCUCACGCUCGACCUCUUCAUGCUUGGCUACUUCCAGCUGCUGGAGAUGGGUCUGAGCCGGGAGGAGCGAAAAUUCCGCCACCUGCUGUGCUACGAGAUGUUUGACCGGCUGGGCAGCCAUCCGUGGGAGCUCAUCCGCCUCUUCCACCGGGUGGUGAUGGAGGAGGUGGAGGCCGGGCGGCGAGGCUGGAGCGACGGCUUCGAGGAUCUCAGGCGCCAGUUCUUCGGAGACAGCCCAGAGGCUGAGCCCGCCCAGGAAGAGGCCAGGAAGGAAGAAGAGCAGGAGGAAGACAAGGAAGAGGGGAAGGAAGAGGAGGAGACGCAGGGGGAGCAGAAGGAAAGCGGGGAGAAGGGGCCCAGUGAAGAGGCUGCUCCAGCACACCCGGAGGACCCGCGCAAGGGGCAGCCCCAGCCCCCUGGCCCUGCGCCACAGCCCCCGCCUGCCGCGCCGCCCCCGACCUCCAUCCCGGGCCCGCCUCCUUCCGAAGGCCCUGCGGAGGACCCCUUGGAGCUGGUGUCUGAGAUGGGCGAGUUCAGCAAUGAAGACAUCUGCCGCUACAUUGACCGCAGCUUCUCCUUUUGGAAGGAGAAAGAGGCAGAGCUGUUUGACAGCUGAGCCCGUGAAUCCGGCGUUUACCCCCAGCAUCGUAAUCCAGGCCCGGGCACCUGUCCGAGGCCCUGCAGAGGCCAGAAGUGGGCAGGAAGAGCCCGACAUGUGAAAAGCCGCGCGCACGGGUCCCCUGGAGGGAGGAUGGGGCACUGGCCCAGCUAGGGGGCCAGGGCACACGGCCUGGCUGGGCUGUGUGUGGGGUCAGGUGGCAGUGCUGAGCAGCCCCUUCGAGUGGGGCACAGCGGGCCCCCUUGCGGUGGUGUGUGCUGUCCCUGUCUCUGGUCUUUCACUGGAACCCACGGCUACCUCCUUGGCCACCCGUUCAGUGUUCGGUGCGCAUGUGUGAUAUGUACAGACCCUUUCUCCUCUGUAACAUCCAAGGAAUAAAACGCUUUGCUGGCAGCUGCCUGUGUUGGACCCCCUGCCGUGAUGUCACUGCAGUCCCACAGCGGUGACUGACCUCCAGUCUUUUGGGAAGAGGGCAAGCAGGGGCCGGGUCUUUCCCAGGAGACCAGGGAUAGCCGGAGCCUCCCAGGGCCGGCCAGGUGCAUGGGAUCUCAAGUCUGCAUCUGCUCAGAGAUCCUGGGGGACAGACAGUGCUGGGGCCGUGUGUGCCCCUGCCCCUGCGCGGCCCAGCUGCUCACUCUGUCCCCCUUAUGCAGCCUGCGCUCAUCUUGGGUCUCUCUGGUGCCACCUCCAGGACACAGGCCGGGGCUCUGGGUGCAGCAGGCUCCCUCCACCCGUACCACAGAAAGGCACCGAAAGGGUCUCUUCCGGCAGCCCUCCACGUGUCCCUGGG